AUGCCUGCGGACUACCAGUCCACCGCGAGGGCAUUGUCUCUUUCUCCUUCAUCCCCCGAUCCGAUACCUUCGUCGCCGGACGAUGCUGAACCGUGGGGUCGCGCGAGGCAGAACUCCGCCCGCUGGUCUGGUGAACAGAGCUAUCGCGACCUGAUCAUACAGCGCGGCACCGAGCUGUACCAGCGCCUGGAUAAGAUGUGGCAGGAAAUGACCUUCUGGCAGAAAACGGCCUAUCUAGCUGCUUCUUUACUCGUGGGCGCAUCGGGAAUUGGAUUCUUAGUCCUCACUGGGAAGGUGUUCAUUUGGCUUGGACCGGUCGCCGAGAAGUGGGAAAGCUCGUGGCUAGUUGCUUUUGUUUUAUGGCUGUGUGUCUUUUUCGUAUCGUUCCCUCCUUUAUUGGGUUGGUCUACGUUUGGAACUGUCGCGGGCUUCAUAUUUGGCGUGUGGAAAGGAUGGUUAAUCUACGCCUCCGCAACAAUUCUGGGAUCAACUGCCUCGUUCUAUGUUUCCCGGACGAUUUUAUCGGGCUUUGUGCAUCGUCUGAUGGAGCGGGACAAGAGGUUUGCCGCACUGGCAUUGACUCUGAAAUAUGACGGACUCAAGCUGCUUUGCAUGAUUCGCCUCUGUCCUCUACCCUACUCAAUCUGUAACGGUGCCGUGUCUACAUUCCCCACAGUCCAGCCAUUGAUGUAUGGACUUGCCACGGCUAUCAUCUCCCCCAAGUUGUUGGUCCCUGCCUUUGUCGGAAGCCGAAUUCGGCUCCUCUCUGAGAAGGGCGAGGAGAUGAGUGCUGGAUCCAAGGCUGUCAAUGUUUGCAGUAUUAUUAUUACCGUCGGUAUUGGAAUCUUUACCGGGUGGUAUAUCUACCAAAGAACUUUGGCCCGUGCAGCAGAGCUCGAAGCCCAGGAGCGUGCGGAUCUGCGAGGCUCCUUCGAUGCUGACCAUGCAUCGCGCCGCCCUCAUGGGUUCUCCCAGGAUCCGAGUAGCAAAGCGGCCGCUUCGCUCGCAAAAGAUGAAGAGGAACGCGUUGGAUUCACCGAUUUGGACGAUGAUAACGUUGAUCUCGUACUGGGUGAUAGCGACAGUGAUCAACCAGGGCCCUGGAAGAAGUCGAACCGCCGAUCAUAUCACGACGAGUUCACCGAUAAUGAUUCUGAUGAAUUCGCAGAGGAAGGUGCCUAUGGGCUGCACAAUCAUGUCUCCAAAUAG